GUCGUCGAUCCGACAUCGCCUGGGUUACUAUUCGGCUCUCCCCGCCAUCCUGCCAUCGCCGCUCCCGCUCCCGCCCCCUGAACCAACCACCGCCAUGUCGGCCAGCGAACAAGCCACCGCCGUCGAGGUGACCGAAAAGGACCUGGACAACCACGAAGAGCACCACGAGAAGAAGGGCGAUGAACUGCCCCAUGCCUCCCGGCUCACCCGGCUCGAGUUCCUGCUUGUUUUCGUGAGCUUGGCCUUUGCUGUCUUCCUCGCCGCCCUCGAUCAGACCAUCAUUGCCGUCGCUCUCGGCCAGGUCGUCAAGGAAUUCUCUGCUCUCGACAAGGUCUCCUGGAUUGGAACGGCCUUCCUGCUCACGGCGACCGCGUUCAUUCCCAGUUACGGCAAACUCGCGGAUAUCUUUGGCCGCAAGUCUGUCUUCCUGGUCGCCAUCGUCACCUUCGAAAUCGGCUCGCUGCUCUGUGCGCUGAGUAACAGCAUGAUCAUGCUCAUUAUCAGUCGCGCCGUCGCCGGUCUCGGUGCUGCCGGUAUCUUCUCGCUUGUGAUUGUCAUCAUCAGUGACCUUACCACCGUUCGCGAGCGCCCUACCUAUCAAGGCGUUAUCGGUGCUGUCUUUGGCCUCGCCUCCGUCGCCGGUCCGCUCCUGGGUGGUGUCUUUGUCGAUCACCUGAGCUGGAGAUGGUGCUUCUGGAUCAACCUCCCCAUCGGCGCCGUCACUAUCGUCGUCGUGACCUUCUUCCUCAAGUACCCCCGCCGCGACGUCUCAAUCAAGGAGCAGCUGAAGCACCUCGACCUUGUCGGAACCAUCCUCCUGAUCGGCGCUGUCACCACCCUCCUGGUUCCCAUCCAGAACGGCGGCACCGCCGACUUCCCCUGGAACAGCGCCUUGGUCAUCUCGCUGUUUGUCGUCGGCGCCAUCUUUGUCGUGCUCUUUGUGAUCUGGGAAGCCAAGUAUGCUCGCGACCCCGUCAUCCCGUUUUCGCUCUUCAAGAACCGCUGGGUGCUCGCCAUCUUCGCGAACGCCUUCUUCUUUGGCAUGUCGUUCUUCAUCGUGCUCUUCUACUCGCCUCUGUACUUCCAAGUCGUCAAUGGUGAAACCGCCACCCAAUCCGGUGUCAGCACCAUCCCUCUCGUCCUCGGCAUCUCUGUCCUCGCCGUCCUGAGUGGUGUUUUCAUCACCGUGACUGGCCACUACAUGCCCCUGGUGACUGUUGGCUCCAUCCUGAUCAUGACUGCCUCUGGACUGAUCUCAACCCUUGACGAGAACUCGACUCGUGCUAUGCAGAUCGGAUACCUCUUCCUGGCCGGCGCCGGCAGCGGUCUGGUCGUCCAGACCCUCCUCAUCGGUGCACAGAGCGCAGUUGAUGCCGAAGAUGUCUCUGUCGUCACCGCCAACACCAACUUCUGGCAAACCAUCGACAUCUUCUUCCGCCCCUUAGUCGUUUCCUCGGUCUUCAACAACAAGCUCUCUACCAACCUCGCCGAGGCCCUCCAACAGAUCCCUCCGGCUGACUUCCCUCCCAACUUCAACCCGGCUCUCCUCGGCGGCGACCCCAGCAGCAUCCACUCGCUGCCUCCUGCUCUCCAGGGCCCCGUCAUCCACGCUUUUGUCAAGAGCUUGUCGCUGAUGUUCAUCUGCGUCAUCCCCUUUGCCGCCUGCCUGUUCAUUGCCUCGUGGUUCAUCAAGAAGACGCCGCUGCCCAAGGAGGCACGCAACGCCGCCCCCGCUAUGGCUUAAGCGAGUACCCACGACCUCCUCGUCGUUGGUGCCUUUCGCACUCCUUGGCUCCAGCUCGUUGUCUUGGAUCCGUCAAAUCUCCCUCGAUGCAGCUUGCUGGUGCUGCCCAGCCGGAACAUUAUUAUUUCCACUUCUAUCCUCCUAUCAUGGCAUCCCUCGGAUGAUAUUUCUGAUUGCUCAUUUAUAUUCACCAGGGCGGGAGUUACCUUCUUUGUCUGCCCGCCUUGUCUAUGCUUUAAUAUCCUUCAACAAAAGCCACAACCCUUUUACUUGCACCAGGGCAUCUGUUAUGGCCCAAAUCCUGUGUUGUUUACAGCGUUUCCAGAAUGAAAUGGGACACCCCCCCCCGUUUUUAACCAGGAUAGUGAUUUUUCUGGAACCUGAAUACACCCACCAUAUCAUCGCA